UGCGCCGGCUAACAACGUGCUUUUAGCGCGUGGUUCUGCUCGUGCGCUCGCGGGCGCGUUCGACUUUUGGAAUGAACGCAACGAACGCAGUAGGCCGACUGCGACUGUAUGCCAGGUUAGCCCAGGCCACCCAGGCCGGCACUCGACGUCAACUCAGUGAUACGCGGGUAUUUUCCUCGGACGACGCGCUCGGUUCGAGCGAUGGGCUGAGUAACACGGCUGACCCCACGGAGUCGAGCGCCGCUUCUCUUGCAGGCAUCAUGGAUCCUGCGAGCGUCCUGGCUGCUUUGGAUCCCAUUAUCAUGAAACACUGCGGAACGGGGCAUUGUGCGGCGAGUUGCAAGGUUUCCAGGGAUGGCCAGGAGCUCUGGAGAGCUCGAGUUUCUGUGCCGUGGCCCAAGGAAAUGGCCUUCGAAGCCGAGGCGUCAUCCAAGAAAGGGUCGCUGUUGUUGGCGAGUGCCCAGAUGUGCUCUGCACUGCAGGAGCUGGGGAUCUUAGAUUCCAAGAUUUUCAAACGAGAACCACCACACGAAGCGGCAGGUGAACCCUGUCCUGCCAGAACUAGACCCUACGUUGUCACACGGCCCUGUAGUCCAGGCCAAGCGUGUGCUUUAACUCCUUCAACAACAUUUGCUGGCCAGCUGUCCAACACAGAGGCGCAGAUGAUGGCUAGACGAAACCUCACGACACCUAGCCAGAGACUGAAGUCGUGGACCGAGAAAAGAGAACUGAGCCGAGCCAAGUCGAUAGUGCACAACAUUUACGCCUAUGUCUGCAAGCUGAAAGAAGACAGAAGCCUGAUGGCAUCAUACAACUCAAAUGUUGAACAGGGCAAGGUUUGUCUCUGGACAUCGACGGUCACCGUGAAGUGGCCAUGCGAGCUGGCGUUCGAGGGCAGUGCCCGAAACAAGGCCGAGGCAGAGGCAUUGGCCGCUGCAGCUCUUGUGCGGUACCUCGUUGAGAAAGGACACGUUGACAAAGAUCUAAGCCCGAAGACCAUUUCGGACCAGGAGGUCCGGCGCCAGAAGAGCCAGCGAUUUGCCCCAGUACCCGUGGUGCUGCCAGAAACCUUCAUUCCCGACAUGCAGGAGAUACUCUCGGAUUUCGAGACUGUUGUAGCGAAUGCCCCGCACCUCCCUGAUGACGAAAUCGAAGAGCAGGCGGCUGGCGGUGACAUGGUGCCUGACAACGUGGGCUCUGGGGAAAAAAUUGUGCACGACGUCAUGACAGGACAGCUGCUCAGGCCAUCGAGUCAGGCCUGUGGCCGGAGAGACCUUUCGCUCAUGGCCAAGCUCGAAAAGUCUUGGAACUACUCAUAUCAUCGAGCAAGACGAGAGCUUCCAAUAUUUUCACGCAGGGAAGACAUUGUGAGUGCCAUCCACCGUGAACGCGUGGUGGUGAUCUGUGGCGAGACUGGAUCUGGCAAGACCACGCAGGUUCCCCAGUUCAUCUUUGAGGACUACAUUCGUGGAGGGCAAGGCUCGAGGUGCAAUAUCGUGGUCACCCAGCCAAGGAGGAUUGCAACAAUCUCCAUGGCAAAGCGGGUGGCUCUAGAACGGGACGAAGAGCUAAGUGACACCAUAGGCUACCAAGUCCGCCUCAAGAAGCAGCUCCUGGCGAGUCGUGGAGGCAUUCUUUUCUGCACCGUGGGCAUCCUGCUGCGCCACUUGCAGCAGAAUGUCAAACUUCAAGGAGUGUCACAUGUCAUAGUCGACGAAGUCCACGAACGGGACGUCUGCACCGACUUCCUGCUUGUACUCCUUAGGGAGGUGCUUUCCAUAAACCACGAACUGAAGGUUAUUCUGAUGAGUGCCACUAUCGACACAGAGAAGUUUUCAGAGUACUUUGACAAUGCGCCCAUCAUCAAGAUUGCGGGCAAGACGCAUCCUGUGACGCAGUUCUUUCUAGAAGACCUGGUGUCAGAAGAAAUCGUGACUGCAGAAGUAUUACAGAAGUACGGUUCUGACCCGGUCCGGAUGGUUCCCGAUGUUCUGACAUACAUCAUGGAGAUGAAGCCACCCGGAGCGAUUCUCUGCUUCCUGCCCGGGUGGAAUGAGAUUAACAAGGUGCGAGGAGAGCUUUGCAAGCGAGCCCCAGCAAAGUUUCAUGACUGGAUUCUUCCACUGCACUCACGGCUCCGAUAUGAGGACCAGCAAAAGAUCUUCAAGACUCCUCCAGCAGAUGUGCGCAAGGUGAUACUGGCCACCAACAUCGCCGAAACAUCCAUCACCGUCAACGAUGUGGUGUACGUUGUCGACACUGGACUUCAGCGCGAGCAGCGCUUCAACCCGUCCACGGGCGUGAGUCUGCUCGGCACGUUCGCCACGUCGAAGGCCAGUGUGCAGCAGCGAGCAGGUCGCGCAGGUCGUGUGCGACCUGGGGAGUCUUACCAUCUGUACAUGAAAGGAGAGCUACAAUCAUGGGAACAAUGUAAGCGGCCAGAAAUCCAGACGACUGACCUGACAAGAGUCGUUUUAGAUUGUAAGCUGUUCUGUCCAACAAUGUCAGUCGAGGAUGUGCUGUCUCUUGCGUUGGACCCACCAGCUCCAGAAAUGAUCGCGAAGGCCAUCAAGGACCUUCAGGUCAUGGGCCUGAUGGACGCAAAUGCGGAGCUUACGGACCUGGGACACCACGUUGUCCAUUUCACAACUGCACCCCAGUUGGCCAAGGCCACCAUCAUUGGGGCGUUGCUCGGGUGCUUGGACAGCGUGGUGUCAAUUGUUACUCUCCUGUCCGAGUCUUCUAACCUUUUUACCACCAGAAAUGCGGAUGGAGCCCGUGGCAGCAGCCAGAAGAUAAAACUCUGCUAUGACAAGACUGGCACAAGCGAUCACUUCGCACUGUCGCAAAUUUUCUCCCACUGGAACCAGAUGAUGCCGGGGGCGGAGCAGCAGUCCUUCUGCCAGCGCAACGAUCUCAACCCCUUCUGCUUAGAGCUGAGCAAAGGCAUGGGUGAAGAGCUUGUCCGCACUCUCAAGCGGGUGCUGGCAAAUAGUGGAGAGACCUCGCCCGAGCAGACCAUCAAGAGGGAGUGGGGCCUAAACUUCAACAGCCGCCUCCAUCACAGGGAGCUGGCACUGGCAGCCAUGACUGCCGGGUUCUACCCCAAUGUGCUUCGAGUGCUGCAGGGGAAGAUCAAGAAGAACCAGGUCAUCCGCGAAGGUGUUGAGUUCGCCUGCCUAGACCUGAAGCUGGCUGCAGUCUCGGAGGACUCCCUGCUGCACAGAGUGCCACCUCAGUACGAGCACCCAUGGCUGGCUUACUACAGUGCCUUGCAGCCUUCGGAGUACCAGCCAACGACUGUGUACGACUGCAGCAUGAUCACGUCACUCCACCUGCUGCUCUUUGCCGGUCUUGGGGUGCACAUCAUCGAGGACUAUGUCUUCGAUGCACACGCUAAGGCACCAUCGAAAACCGACCGGGGCUGCUUGCUCAUCGACGAGCAACGACUGCUGGCCUUCCGGUGCUCCGAGCGGGAUGCAGACCUCAUCUGGCGCUGGCGCCGGAUGCUGGACUACAUGCUCGACUUGCACCUGUCAAUGCACCAGUCCGCAGAGUUGUGUCCUGAGGAGGCAUUUCUGCGGCGGGAACUUUGGCCGAGGAUUGUGGAUGCCACGUCCAACCUCCUGUCUCGCCAUUCGACAGGGAAGCCAUGACACGGCACCUUCAUGUUUGGAAAUGACAGCAAGGGGGUGCUUCACCUGUCAGAGCAGUCACUGCUGGACCAAGACGUCGCAUAUUUUUGUGUGCUUUCCUACUUUUCAUCUUUCACAUUUCAUUUAUGUUGUUCAUCUUCAUAGACUGUGCACCCCAGUCUAUUGCAGUGUAUUACCUUAAAAAAAAAAGGGUAUUUCACUUUCACGCAUGUUUUAGUCACUCCUCAAUAGGUUACAAUUCAUGAAUUCAGUGAAAUUUUUUGGAAAAGCCAGUUUGUUUUUAUUUAAUUCCUCAUUCUCCUGUUUUGUGGACCAGUGAGGUGCAGUUGUUGUCUGUUAACAAAAAAUGUAUAUUGCUUACCCUUAUUUCAGGGGUAGUUUAUGCCUGUACUGGUAGUGGCCACCCACUAUUUUGACGCUGAGUGCGACUGACAUUUUAACCACUUGGAAGUAGUUAAGACAAAGUUCUAGCUUGAGCCUGGCUUCAGUUUCUUCUUUUAAACAGCGUGAACAAGACUGCUAGUGAGUUUGAUGCAUUUUCGCUUUCACGAAGCCUUGCACCAGUGUUGGCCGCGCCACCGAGCUUGCCGCAAUACUUCACUGCAAGACUGUUUUUGUGAGAGCUUGAAAGGGUUGCUGUUGAGCCGACGGCCAUACUGAUGCAACAGUCAUCUUUUUUUUCUUCUUCUGCCCCCCCCCCCCCUUAAACAACGGUUCUAGACGCCUAGAAAAUAAUAGUUGGCAAGCCUUAAAGCACCCAAAAUAAUUUACUGGCUCUCCUAUAAGUUGGUUAGUGGGAGCAGGUCAUCGCAAUGUUUUGGCUGCUCUGGCUCGCUCAGUGGUCUGUUGCACUGCUCCAUGGGCCCAUGCAAGGACUACCAGCAUAAGCAAGAGCGUGCGCCAAAACAGCGCAGUGUGUUGCUCCCACGUGGCCCACUUAUGCAUCGCGUCGUCAUGACACACAUUGGGGGAAAACAGGACAAACUGGUUCACAGGAAGUCUACUGAAUUUUUAAGGGUGUUCUGAGGCCUGCCAGGAUAUAGAGUUUAGAGUUUCAGAAACCUGUUUAGCACAAAAAAAAAUAUAUGGAAAGCUAUGAAAAGUGUUGCAGCUCCUCUUAGUAGACUGCUCAAUUCUGUAAAAUGUGUUCGUUUCAUUUGUGGGCCAAGAAGUUAACAUGGCCGUGCCUGGCAUUUUUGUGGCAGUCUGUGUACAGCUUCCUUCUAGUCAUGUAGCCUUUCGGUACAAUAGGAAAUGGUAUGACGUGGCAAAGGAGUGAUCGGAAACUUGGUAUUGUGCGGUACAGUCUAACUGCAAGCUUUUAGAAGGUUGUACAAGUCAUCUCUGCAACUUGAAAUGCAGCAGUAGACACUAUGCUGUUGUUUCUGUAGUAUUCUGUCAUUGCACUUAAGAUGAUGCAAGUUGACCAACUAAUCCGAUUGACCACUUUGAUGCCUCUGCAAGUUCUGCCAAUUAAAUUGGAGGUCAUACACUUACUCACUUUCAAACCAGUCUUCCAGAGAAAACAUUCAAGGUAGUUUUCGUUUUUAUAAACUUGUGCUCGUUUCCUAAAUGUGGUAGGACAUGGGCUCCUUCUCAAGCAGUGCUUGAGGUGAUAAGCUUGUACAAAUGCGUGUUUUGCAGUACAGCGAUACUGGUACCUGUGAUAUAAAGUUAUUUAAUAGUAUCUGUGAUACAGCUGCAGCUCCAUUGCCACUGGGAAGUCCAAUCAUGUGGCAAUGUGUGCUUUGUUCUAGUGAGCUGAAGAAUAAUAAAGGAAAAUAGAAAAUUGUUUUCCAAUCA